AUGGCAAAGAGAGAUGCAGAGUCUGAGAAGCUUAAGCAGAAUUAUGAAGUGCUACUGAACCUGACAAGAGCUCAAGCUACAAUCAUCCAGAACCUGAAGUUGAAGCAUAUUACAGACAAGCAAUUGCUUAGUGAAGCUAAGAUGAACUUGGAGUUGAAGAAUGCAGAGCUCACAAAGUCUGAGGAGAAGCUCACCCAAGAUAAGCUAGAGUUGAAGUUUCAGGUUGCAGAUUUGCUUAAGGGAAAGGAAAAGCAUGGUGAAGAGAUGGUGCAGCUAGAGCUUCAGUUUGCUGAGUUGAUGAAGGCAGAGGAGAAGCUGAAGGAGAAGAUCAAGGGGAUCCAGGCCAUCCUAGAGAAGUGA